UAUUUUCAUCUUCAGGAGUAAUGAUGUGAGUGGUGUAGAGAAUAUUUCGUGUGUCAAAAUGGUGGAAUCGAUUGAAACUACCAUGGGAGCCAUCGCCAGUCUUGAAAAGGAGGACAGACUGGACGAAAUAUUUGGUCCUCUGAUUGUGCUGAAGAGUCCGCCGGAACAAGAAGUUGUCGCGGAAUUCCAUGCUAAGCUUGCCAAAAUUUUGACCCCGUUGUCUGCCGAUCUACAAGAAGCCUCCGUUAAGAGCUUUGUUUCCCACAUCGGCAGAAUUUCGAAAGUGGACAAUGUUGGUGUACUCUUCAAAGUUUUGGAGUCGCUUGUUGUGGAAAACACGAUCCCUGCGAGGAUGGUUUGCGAAGUUUUGCUCAUGGCACCGUGGCUGAAACAUGAAAACAAAGUUUUCUGGAUCCAAAGUUUUGACCUGAUACAACGAAUCAUCGCUGGGGUUGACUACAAAGGUGUCCGGGAAAUUAUGAAGGCAAUAAUAGAUAAGGGGAGUACGCUGCCGAAAACAUUUUCAAGAGUGGAUUGUCCGGUUGCUGCUGCGUUGAAGCGAGCGUUAGACAAAAUUCUGAAUCGCGAGGCGUGUUUGCUACCCGGUUAUUUCGUCAUCAACGAGAUCCUAAAAGCUUAUCCCGAGGAGAAAAAUUGGCCGCAUUGGGUUAUUGCUGAAUCCUUGUCAUCGUUCGUCGCCAGUUUCAGGCCCGCAGCGCAAAUGGUGUCUACGUUUGGAAGGUCUGGGUUGUUGCCAAUCGUCGACAAUCCUUGUCCGGCCCCGCAAGGAGGUCCUGGCGUUGGUGUUUACAAACUAGAUCCGACGACAUUACGAUUUGUUACCAGAGGAAACUUGCCGUAUGCCCGAGACUACGUUGAGCCUCAAGGGAAGCUACUCCGACACGUUUUGAACCAGCUUUAUUCGCGGGACGUCAUCUGCUCUAUUCUUGGACUCCAGAAACAAUUGAAAAUGCGAUCUCAAGCGCUGGAGCAAGAAAUGGUGAACCUUCUUGUGGAUGCAAUGUUCAAAUGCAAAGAAAAUCUCAAUUCGCGCAGAAGACCUGCCAAAAACAUCAAGAAACGUGAACGGACCGACGACGAUGACGAUGUUGACAAAGAAACGGGAGAGAAGAAGGCCAAGAAGAACGAAAACGAUGAUAAAUCCUUGGAACUAAGUUCCGCCUUGCAAAUGCUUGACAGCAAGCAAUCCAUUGAUCUCGACUUGGACCUCGACCUGGAUACUAAAAUCGAAUCCAAACCUGCCUUGGACUUCUACAUGGAAGUAGAAGAUGAUGACGAAUUGUGCGGACUGAGUUUUGCUCAGUGGCAGCAUCUAGCGACGCAGCUGAUAUACUUCGUUUUGUUCCAGUUUGCGUCGUUCCCUGCGAUUGUAACUGAGUUGAAUCGUCGUCUUUCCAUGACGAAUUCCCGCCGAGGACGAGAUCACCUGAUGUGGGUGCUGCUGCAGUUCAUAUCUGGAAGCAUCCAAAAGAACCCCACGAGUGAUUUUUUCUCCGUGAUCCGGCUUUACGAUCUGCUGUAUCCGGAGGAAGAGCCUUUGCCGAUACCCGAUUUUCACAAAACCUUGAGUUGUCAUCGAAUGGCAGCUGUGUGCGUUUGGAUUCAUUUGAUGAAGAAAGCCGCCUUUGAGAACAUUUCCUUGGGUCGAGGCCUUCCGAGGGCGUUGUCAGUGCACCACGAAUUUUUGCAGAGCCUCGUCAGUGAUUCGACUUUUAAUCUCGGUCCCUCGUCGGGAGACUUCCGUGUUGCUUUACUUUGCAAUGCCUUUUCAACCAACCAAGAUAUUUUCCCGCGGCCUAUGGGUGCCUUGGUGGAAACUGUCCAUGCAAUGAAGGUUACCACCCCAAUGCCUGGAAACAACUGCACCGCCAGUGGACCAGCCGUUCCGUUGCCAAUGGAGAUUCUUGAUGCAUUGACAGUCCACGCGAAAAUGAGCUUGAUUCAUAAUAUUGUGAAUCACGUUAUCAAACUUGCUCAAGCGCAGUCGAAGCUUGCUCUAGCUCCUGCUCUUGUAGAAACCUAUUCGCGUUUAUUGGUUUAUAUGGAAAUCGAAUCACUUGGAAUCAAGGGAUUCAUCAGCCAGGUGCUCCCGAAUGUAUUCAAGUGUCAAGCGUGGGGAAUUUUGCACACGCUGUUGGAAAUUUUCAGCUUCAGAUUGCAUCAUAUCCAGCCGCAUUACAGGAUUCAGUUGCUCUCACAGCUUCACAGUUUGGCAUCUGUUUCGUACACGUCGCAUGCUCAAAUGCAUUUGUGUGUGGAAAGUACGGCUUUGCGUUUGAUUGCUGGGCUGGGAAACGCCGAAAUGCAGGUUGGAGGAUACAUUGCAAGAUACGUUGCUGACUCCAAGCCGUUGAUUUCUACGGAAAGUGAAGAGCUCAACCGAGUUAUGGUGUUGACCCUUGCACGAGCUGUUCAUAUUCAUGGAGCCGAGGUGACGGAAGGUUCUAUUCAUAUGGAUCUCUUACAAACGGUUAUGGCACACACUCCGUUAAGUUGGCCAUCUCACGUCAUGAAUUGCUUCCCAAAAGGGAUGGCGGAGUUUUUCGAGAAAAAUCCGGUUCCUCGGGAUAAGCAGUUUCAGAUCAAGAAACAAGUUGAAGAGGAGUACAGGAAGUGGAUCUCCAUGACAAAUGAGAAGGACCUCGUCGGACAUUUUUCGUUGGGAUCAAACCCACCGCAUCUUUUCAUCUGUCUGCUUUUCAAGUUGAUCCUGGAAACCGAGAAGAUGAACACGGCUGCUUACAAAGUACUUGAUCGAAUGGGUGCUCGAGCAUUGUCAUCUCAUUUGCGCACAUUUUGUGACUACUUCAUUCAUGAAUUCGCAAACUCUGGACAUGGUGCUCAAGUCACAAGGUGUAUUGAUGCUGUGAAUGAUUUGAUAUGGAAGUACCACGUUUUUCCCAUGGACCGAUUUGUCCUGUGUCUUGUGUUACGGUGCGUGGAAGGAAACGAGGCGCAAGUAUGCUUCCUGAUCAUUCAGCUAUUGAUGACGAAGUCUUCUGAAAUGAACUCGCGAGUGAAGGAUUUCUUGAGUGAUAAUGUCCCCGAACAUUGGAAAAUCAACGAUUGGCACGAUAGACAUUUGCGUUUCCAUGCUAAGUACCCCGAAGCUUUUUCGCCGGAAAGCUUAGUGGAUCAAGGCACACCGACGUUGCCAAUAUAUUUUGGCAACGUUUGUCUGAGGUUUAUUCCGGUCCUGGAUAUCUUCAUUCAUCGCUACCUGGAAAUUGAUCCAGUGGUGACAAUUAUCAAAACUUUAGACAUUGUCUUAGAUGCUCUCGGUGGCUUGUACCGUUUUCACGAUCGGCCGGUCACUUAUCUUUACAACACGCUUCACUACUAUCAAAGACGGCUGAGGGACCGGAUAAAUUUGAAGAUACGUUUGGUCACCACCGUUCUUGGUUUGGAAGCCGGACCUACGCUUUCGAACAGAAUCGAAACGUUCGGACUUAGUUCCGGAUUUAUGGAGUUCAUGACAUCAGAACACCCGGCGGAAUGGACGCCUGAUCUCACCUACUUUAUUCACUUAGUGCGGAAAGUCGUUAAAACGAUCAAUGGGGAAAACGGAGCCUUAAAUGCGAUUGACUGGAGGUUCAACGAGUUUCCGAAUCCAGGAACCCAUGUAUUGUACAUUUCCUGCGUGGAGCUGAUGACCCUAGGAGGAGGAGAAUCAAUCGGAGAACGUCUCCUUGAUGUUGUUCUGAAAGGAAACGUUUUAAUGGGUGAUAUCGACGAUUUGGAGCAGUGGGUGAACGCCGUAGCUUUACUUCUUGCAUGGUUACCCCAUACCAUCUGGGUCCCUGCUUUGAACAAAAAGAUCCUGGGUGUGCUGGAGUCUGAAGGUGGAUUGAAGCCGAGGCACUCAUUUUCUCCAUUCGACGCAUUCAAUGUGAAGAAAAUGCAUCCAGUUGCCGAUGCCCGUCAUGGAGAAGCUGCUUAUUUGCUGUUUUUAGUACAUGCAGUGUCUACGCAUGUUCCCGCGGGUUUUUUCGACAAAUUACACAUAUUCCUGAGGGAAGAAGUUAUGCGAAUAUUGCGUACCGAAGAGCAGUUGAUAUGGGUUUUCCAUCUGUUCGGACCGAUUAUGAAAAGGGUGCACGCCGAAGUCGCGAGAAACAUUGGGGAGAUGGCCGUCAGUUUGUACCAGUUUCUGCUCCAAGUUGACAAGGCCAUGAGUGGAACCGACCUGAAGUACAUGGAUACAUUCGUCGACGUUCUUUACCAUGUGAAGUACAUGUUCACCGGCGAUAUGGUGAAAGACGACGUGGACGGUGUAGUUCGCCAGAUGCGACCAGCUCUCCGACGCCGACUUCGCUUCAUCACGCACCAAACCGAAGAAGCGCCGACCGUGGCUUCAUCCACUCAGUCUACAAUGCCAUCCACGAGUGGAGCCCCUGUGACGACUUCUUCACCAACUGCUUCCAUGUCUUCAGGAAUGGCCCAAGGCAGUAGUGGUGCACCACAACGUCAUGCUCCGAGUCCCGCAAAGCCUAUGUCGAAUCAGCCUGCGGGGAUGCCGCACUCUCCUUUUAUUGGAUUCGACUUGAGAUCUGUUGGUGGCAGAUGGGCAGGAGUAUUGUGUCGUGUACCCUAUGUAGAGAUGAGCCAAGGACACUCGAGGUCCAGCUCGAAGCCCAAGCACGCGACUACAAGUCCAUCGAAGUCGACCAAGUUUCGUGAAGCGUUGCAGAAUGCCGACGAUGCGUCGAAAAGGGACUACGCUGUUGGUCAGAAAGUCCACGGCUAUGAAGUCACCCGGAUCGAGGAAGUUGCGAGCCUCAACAUCCUCGCCAUUUAUCUCACGCACAUCAAGACCGGCGCCCUUCACCUACACUUGGCGUCCAACGACACGGAGAAUGUUUUCUCUGCGGGCUUCCGAACGACCCCGCAGGACUCGACCGGGGUCGCUCACGUCCUCGAGCACACGGUACUAUGCGGUAGCAAAAAGUACCCGGUCCGCGGCACGUUUUUCAAAAUGCUCACAAGAAGUCUGGCGACGUUCAUGAAUGCCAUCACGGGCAGUGACUACACCAUCUAUCCCUUUGCGACCCAGAAUCGAACCGAUUUCUAUAACAUGCUCAGCGUGUAUUUGGAUGCAGUGUUUAAACCGCUGUUGACCGAGCAUGAUUUCAUGCAGGAAGGCUGGAGAUUGGAGCCGAAGGACUUGAAUAACCCAGACGGGGAUUAUGAAAUCAAAGGCGUGGUUUACAAUGAAAUGAAAGCCAUCUUUGCUCUUCCGCAUGAAGAGCUACAGCGAAAAAUCAGGAACGCAUUACUUCCGAGUCACACAUACAGAAACGUAUCCGGCGGAGAUCCGAUGGUCAUUCCGGAUCUGAAGUACGAGAAACUGCUCGAAUUCCACAAGCGACACUACCAUCCGAGUAACGCCAGGUUUUACACCUACGGCGACCUUCCUCUCGCGGAUCACCUGAAGUUCAUCGACAAGAACUAUUUGAAGGACUUUAAGAAAGUGAAUCCGAAAACCGAGGUUCUGACUGAGCCAAAGUGGUCCAAGCCAAAACGGAUCAAGAUGUACUGCGAGCCGGAAGCGGUUGCGCAAAAGACCCACGCGCAAACGACCGUGACCGUGACCUACCUCCUUGAACCGGUCUCCAAGUUGUUCCUCAGUACUUGUUUCCAAAUCUUGGAAGAGUUGUUGAUUAAUGGUCCGAACGCCCCGUUUUAUCACACUUUGAUCGAGUCUCAUUUGGGGUCGGAUUAUGCCCCGCAGUCGGGUUAUUAUGGCUCGACGAAACAGGGUUAUUUCACUGUUGGACUCAAGAACGUGAAGCUGGAUGAUGUCGACAAAGUUGUGAAACUCAUAGACGGAACCUUUUCCUGGCUGGCAAAUGAAGGCUUCGAUCAAGAAAGACUACAAGGGAUUGUCCACGGGAUGGAAUUGUCUCUGAAACAUGAGCCGCAAAACUUCGGCAUCAAGUUACUCAUGUUCCUCGCUCCCGUGUGGGGACACGUUAAUGACCCGAUUGACAACUUGAUCAUGUUUUCCGGGUUUCGGCAAAAUUUUGAGGAAGAAUACGAGCGGAAUGCCGAUCUGCUGAGGGACUUGAUCCGGAAGCAUUUCGUCCAGAAUUCUCACAAAUUGGUCGCGAUUAUGACUCCCAGAACUGACUUGAAGGACACCUAUGCCAUGCGCGAGAAAGCGAAUAUUCAGAAAAUGGUUGACAAGUUGACCGACAAGGAGAAGCUGAAGUUGAUCUCCAGGGCGAAAUUAUUCAAUCAACUGCAGAAUGAAAAAGAAAAUUGCAGCUGCUUGCCGCUGCUGAAGCUUUCUGAGAUUGAGCCAUCGACUUUCAGGAUCCGCAGAGUGAAAUCCCUGAUUUUCGGAGUCCCGUUCCAAGCUUCGAAUCAAGCCACGAAUGGAAUAACUUACUUUCGAUGUGUUGUUGCUACGGAUCAUCUCGCCCCGAGUUUGAAGGAAUAUCUGCCUCUUUAUUGUCUGAUCAUUACGAAAAUGGGAUUUAAUGGAAUGGACUUUCAUGACGGGGACAACAGCCCAGCUAGAGCAGGAGGAUUUUCCGCCAGCCCUUUCGUCUCAGAAAACCCGGAAAGCCCCGGGGAAUACGAGGAAGGAGUGAUCUUCUACUCCUUUUCCAUGAACCGGAACACAAAUUUCAUGUUCCACGUGUGGUCUCGGAUUUUCCAAGAGCAGAAUUUCGGAGAUCCGCGACGCUUGGCCUCGUUGGUCAGAUUAGAAACUUCUAGACUUGUGAAUCAUAUCGGAUCUACUGGACACGUCAUGGCUCUGUGGCAUUCGGCGGAUUCCUUGACGCCUUCUGGCCGGGCAGCCGAAAGAUACUCCGGAUUUCACUUCGUUAAUUUCAUGACGAAGCUGGCCAAGGAUAUUCAGAAUGAUGACGCAAUGAAGAGAACUAUCAGUUCCCUUGAAGGUGUUUCCAAACAGAUCAUGAAUCGUGCCAAAAUGCGUUGCGCCCUUAACACAACCGAGAGCCACAUGCGCACUGCCAAAUACUACGCCGCCGUAUUCCUCUCGAGCGUACGUGGCACCCCGAGCCCAGACUGGCACCACUACGCCCCUCACAAAACCUUCAAGCCCCGCACUAAAAAGACCCAUAUCCUAGUCCCGCUUCCGCUCAACUCCACCGCCAUGAGUUUCCCCGCCGUUCACUUCUCCCACGAAGAUUAUGCACCGCUCAGAGUCCUGACUGAGCUGGUGUCCUGGAAGUACUUGAUGAAGGAGGUUCGGGACAAGGGCGGUGCUUAUGGCACUGGCGCCCUGCUGCAGACCACCGGCGUGUUCACUUUUUACUCCCACAGGGACCCACGUGGAUUCAAAACCUUCAAGGUGUUCAGAGACGCUGUGGAGUGGGUCCUUUCUGAAACGUCUUUCGGCCUGGAAGACGUGCACGAAGCCAAGCUGGCUGUUUUCCAGAGCGUGGACGCCCCGGUUCCCCCGAGCAACAAGGGCAUCAAUUACUUCAUCAAUGGCUAUGAUGAAGACCUGCUCAACAAGCACAGAGCAGCCGUCAUCAGGGUGACGAUUGGCGACCUGAAGCGAGUCGCAGAGCAGUAUCUGAAAGACACAGAGCUGUGUGGCAUGUGCAUCAUUGGACCCCAGGUUGACAACGCCGAGUUGAGCGAAGAUUUCUCCAUGAAGCACUUGAAGUAGUGACGAGGAUUUUUUCUGUUUUCUCGUUGAAAUUUUUAUUUUCCGAAAAUAAAAAUACAUUUGUCUGGGAA